CGGACACUUCUUCAAUUUUCCUGACACACUACUCUCCUCGGUUGCUGCCUUUGCUCUUGUGCUUCCGCAAUCUACUGUUCAAUUUCUUGGGAUUAUUGAACCAAAACAAUCAUGUCGACUGACGCCUGGACUCCGAGCUCAUGGAAGAGCAAACCCGCUGCUCAAGAUGUUGAAUAUCAAGACCAAGAGAAGCUAACAAAAGUACUGAACAAAAUCCGCACCUUGCCUCCAUUAGUGACACCUUCUGAGAUUGAGCGACUUCGUCACAAGUUGAGCGAGGUGCAGCGGCAUGAGGCUUUCCUUCUGCAUGCAGGAGACUGUGCAGAGAGUUUCGAUGCUUGCACUCAUGAAAACAUAUCCAACAAGAUCGGACUGAUACUGUCGUUCUCAUUGAUCCUCAUCUGGGGUGCUCGCAUGCCUGUGGUACGUAUAGGACGUAUCGCCGGUCAAUAUGCAAAGCCUCGGAGCAGCCCGACGGAGAAGAUCGGUGACAGAGAAGUACUUAGUUUCCGAGGUGAUAAUGUCAAUGGGCUAGAUCCUCAUGACCGAACACCCGAUCCUGAGAGGCUAUUAACUGCUUACUUCCACUCAACUACAACACUCAACUAUGUCCGCGGCCUGCUCACCUCAGGGUUCGCUUCGCUGCACCACCCACGGGACUGGUCGCUCUCGCAUGUACGAUCGCCAGAACUACGAGAAGAGUUUGAACGCAUUACCGAAGGCCUAUCUGACGCUCUUGACUUCACUCGAACGAUCGGACUCGGCAGCCAGCACACGAGUUACGAGCAGGGUGGUGGCAGGGGCGUGCUGGGAGAGGCGGACUUCUUCACCAGCCACGAAGGCCUCUUGUUGGACUUCGAAGAAGCGAUGACGCGCGAAUUCCCAAUCCCGUCCUCCCUCUCCUCGACGCUCCACGAUGACACACCCAGUGAGCCGCUCCCGCCGAACGUGUACUACAACACGUCCGCGCACUUCCUCUGGAUCGGAGACAGGACGAGGCAGCUGAACGGCGCGCAUGUUGAGUACUUCCGUGGGAUCAGAAACCCAAUCGGGAUCAAGGUGGGACCUAGCAUGGCUGCAGGCGAGCUCGUCCGGUUGCUCGACAUUGUGAACCCGAACCGGGAAGCGGGCAAGGUCACGCUGAUCACUCGCUAUGGUGCGGCCAAGAUCGAGAGCCACCUAGCCGGCCACAUCAAAGCUGUCCAGCAAUGCGGACAUCUCGUAGCCUGGAUCUGCGAUCCCAUGCAUGGCAACACACUGACAUCCUCGAGUGGGCUCAAGACGCGCAACUUCGGCACAAUCAUCAGCGAGCUGACUGCGUGCAUGCGCAUCCACGCCGAGUGCGACUCGCGCAUGAACGGCGUGAGCCUCGAGUUCACCGGGGAGCUGAGCGAGGAUGGGUUCAGCGUCACCGAGUGCCUUGGGGGCAGCAUGGAGCUGAGCGAGGAGCAAUUGGGGCUGCGAUACCAGUCGUUCUGCGAUCCUCGUCUGAACUUUGAACAAUCGUUGGACGUCGCGUUCCUCAUCUCAAACCAUUACAACAGGAGGAGGGUCGGACGCAAACGUGCGGACAGCGACGUGCUCUAUGCUGAGCUCGGUGGUCGCAAGUUCUCAUGAGAGCUUCCUGCGCAUUGUUUGCGCUACUUCAUCCAUCCUGAAGCGUCACAGCGCAUGAAUACAAAAUACCUGGCACGUACAGUGUAAAUGUGAUCGUCAAAUGUGGCCCACGUUUACAUCCGACUGUGCACUCCAUUGAUAAUUCGGAAACGAAAAAUAAUGCAAUCUGCAC